UUUAGCGGAUGCACAUUCCACCUUUAAUUUGACGCAGUUCACUUUCAUUUCCGCACAUGCACUUGGACCAGACACCUGUAAGAUCAGCCCGCAUUCAUUCUGCAACCCGUAGGCGGUGGGAAGUGGUUUAGUGGCAAUUGAACUGAAAGGAGGAGGAGAAAAAAAAAAAGAAAAAAAAAAAAGAAAACACGCACACAACGAGCGUGUGAAGCAAUCUACGGAAAAGUACUAAGUCCAGCCAAGCUCGACGUCCACUUUUUCAGCAUCUAAAUUUUUUCCAGACUUAUUUCAGAAAGAAAGCCUUCCAGCCAGCCUCUGCCGUCGGUCUAGAAAUGGCCACCGAGAAGACGGAGUACACUGUGGUGGGGGUACCGCCGCUGCCCGGGCAGCCUGCAUAUCCGGCCGCAUUUGGAACCAAUAUGCCGAGCCCAAACAUGUUCGGAGGUCCUGCUCCUGGGGGUCUUCCUUUUCCUCCACCGACUGCCUUUGCACCAAAUGUACCUGGAGCUUUUGGGAUGGCCUCGGACGGCUCAGGAUACGGCGUCAACCCCGCAUCUUCCCCGUAUUCUCCCCCUGGACACAGCUCUGAGAACCACCUGCCUGAUGAUGGCUACCAUCACGAGGAGGACCCCCCUCCCUUUAACGAUAACGAAGAGUUUGGCUUUGGAUUAGAUAAUAAGAGCAUCAGAAGAGCCUUUAUACGAAAGGUGUUCCUGGUGUUAACUGCUCAGCUAGUUGUGACGUUCGCCUUUGUGGCUGUUUUCACCUUUGUGGAUGAAGUCAAGGUGUUUGUGGCAGAGAACAUGUGGACCUACUUGGUGUCUUAUAUUAUAUUCCUGGUGUCCGUGUGUGUGAUCAGCUGCUGCGGAGACUUUCGUCGAAAACACCCCUGGAACCUGGUUGCAUUAUCCAUCCUGACUCUUGCAAUGUCCUACAUGGUGGGAAUGAUCGCCAGCUUUCAUGAAACGGACUCAGUGAUCAUGGCAGUGGGCAUCACAGCCAUCGUGUGCUUCACUGUGGUCGUCUUCUCUCUCCAGACCAAAUAUGACUUCACUUCCUGCUAUGGUGUGCUCUUCGUCUGUUUGAUUGUCCUGAUCCUUUUUGGCCUCCUCUGCAUCAUCAUCCGGGACAAGAUUCUGCACAUUGUGUAUGCUGGACUGGGAGCACUGCUUUUCACUUGUUUCUUGGCGGUGGACACACAGAUGCUGCUAGGCAACAAGGAACUGGCCCUGAAUCCUGAGGAAUACGUCUUUGCUGCUCUUAACCUUUACACAGACAUCAUCAACGUUUUUCUUUACAUUCUGGCUAUUAUUGGAAGAGCAAGGGGAGGCUAAACAAGAAGAGCAGCCGAUGGGGAACAAUACUAACACAAAACACUUGUAAUGCAUUUGUGCGGGAGUUUUAUUUUGUUUUAUUUUGUAUUUUAGUUGGCUUUGAUCACACAAUUUCUGAUUUCUUGAUAUUUUUUCUGUUGCUUCACUAAGUGUGUAUGUAAUUUUUUUAAUGAAAGUAUAACUAGAUUGUCUAUGUUGUAAUUUUUGGGUAUAUUAAAGGUUUAUGAAAUGAGA